GUAUUGGGGGGAGGGAGGGUCAGGGGCAAGGCUAAGGUUGUAUACGUGAUUUCGGGUAGCAAGGUAACGUCCUCUCCUUCCUCGCCCUGGGCCGCCCCGGAGCAUUAAGUGAUGGCCGAAGGUUAUGUUUAAAUAUCCCUUCCUCUUCUUUCACACACUGUAGCCUAAGACUCGCCGCCCAUUGGUUGCCGAUGUAGUCACGUGACCGUAACGAAGACCGCGACUUCCGUGUCUUUAGAAAUUUCCCGGAACCCUUCGUGUUGGUUGCGUUUGGUUCGUCCUCGGCCGCCCUGCUGCUUAGGUUCACUGUGUCCUGCUUGGUGGUGACUGGCGCCGCACGCGUCACCGAUGAGGUUGUGUUUUUGUGCAGGCCAGUGUGGCUUGUGCCCAGGUGAAGGAAACAGGCAGAGACAGGCAGCACACACGAGGCGGGAGGGUGCGACAGAAAGGCCGCUGAGCGAAAGCUGCGGAAGAAACUCGUGAAUUUGGAGCAGCGCGGUGAGGCUGGCGGACAGUAGAGCACUCACGGUGGCCGCCAGCGACUCGCCUGCGUUAUUUAGCGACCAGCGCUCGUCCACGCGGGGCUCAGGUGCGGCUCACACCUGCGGGGAAACAGCGCACAGCCAUUGGAGCGUCGCUGCGGGAGAAAGAGAGAGAGUGGCCGUAAAGCGGAGUGGCUCUCACCGGGUGGAAAACAGUGCCGCGCGGGUAGAAAGUCUGUUAGUGCAGUGAACUGUCGGAAGUGUCACGGCUGGGCCUCGGCCAGGCAGCUCUUGUGUAACGACCGGAAAGUGACCUUGUGUUGGCCUGACCCUGACCUUGACGGGUCGCACGAGCGGCAGGGGGGGGCAGGAGCGUUGACCCCGCCAGUGACUGGGCAACAUGUGGCCGUAGCGCUCCUCGAGGACAACGCGGACUGGCCAGGACAGCCAGUCACUCCGCAGCCUCACCCGCGCCCGUCAGCGCGUGUCGCCCUGCCUCGCUGCACCGCUAUGGAGGAGGCGUCACUCGAGGCGCCCUGACCAUCACUGCCUCGACAGUGUGUGCACACGGGAACUCAUAAGCGGGACUAAGAGACUCUUCGUGAUGUCAGUUCACACGGGGGAGUACUGGGUUGAUCGAGGCUUGUGUCCGCAAUACUACGCGCUCGGGGACUUCAACUACCCAGCUGCGAGUGAUCCUAGCCUGUCCUCCAAGGCGGAGAGGGCCGCCCCGCCCCAUCCGACACACGCCGACCUGCUGCACUGCUCCGUUGACGGCGGCGGCAGUGACGGCUACCACAGCUCCACGCCCGAUGACCUCGCCUCGGAGUGCUCGCCCGGGUCCGAAGCCGUGGGGCAAGGCCUGGCCAAGGAGCAGGGCGGCACGGAUCCGGUGAGCGAGGCCUACCCCAACUUGGAGUUCUACCAGGCGGCCUACCCCGCCACCACCGACCUCAGCAGCCUCAACCCCGCCUACACCUAUGGCGGCGGUGGCUCCGCCUCGGCAGGAGCCUGGCCCGCCCUGCAGAUGGGCGCCGCUGAGCGGGACGCCAGCCAGGCCGUGGAGCACUUCAUCCCCCCGGAGACAACGCCGUCACUCGUCACUCACUACAAGCCCCUCAGGAUCCGCCGCCGCCCUCCCAAGAUCGUCGGCAAUGAAACGCUGCGCAAAAGAAGACUUGCCGCCAACGCGAGGGAGAGGCGGCGGAUGAACGGCCUCAACGACGCCUUCGAGAAGCUGCGGGAGGUGGUGCCGGCCCUGGGGAACGACAGGAAACUCUCAAAGUUCGAGACGCUACAGAUGGCGCAGACCUACAUCACCGCCCUGGCCGAGCUGCUGAGGCGGGCCGACGCCGAGGCCGCGGCGGCCUGCGAGGAGGGCGGCCGCGAGGUGUGCUGACGGCCCUGCCCGGAGCUGCUGAGGCGCGUGGCGAGGCCACACGCCCCUAUCGAGUAGCAAGAAGACGCUUACACCUCCUGGACCUGUGCCCACGCUAAAAACUCAGAGUGAAAUCGUGUGUGACGAGUAAUACACUAGAUAAAUGACGUUAUUCCACAUCGUAUUAGUAUUUCAUUUAAAGAAUCAAACGGACAGAAAACAAGAAAAUUUAUAGAAUAUUUGAUAUUUACAAUAUAAAUCCAAGAAGUGGACACCUCAAAAUUGACUCGUGUGACGGUGUUCUGUGCUGGCGUGUGUGCACAGUGCUCGAUGAAAAAAACUCACGCGUGACGGGUGCAGGAACUCCUCACCGUGUUUGGAUAGCAAUACCAUUAGUGAACUUAAUAUAAUGACGUUUUAUGAUUUAGUCUAUCUUUUUGCGUUACAGUAAGAAGGUGCUUAUGUGUGUGUGUGUGUGUGUGUGUGUGUGUGUGUGUGUGUGUGCGCGUGUGUGUGUGUGUGUGUGUGUGUGUGAGUGUUCUACCCAUCCCUGCAGCAGUAUUACAGCCAGUAGCAGCCAGCAGCCAGCAGCCCGCCCCCGCUCGCCGCCCCCGCCGCCCCGGCUUGCCAGCAGCGGGCGGGGGUCGGGCUGGCCGCAGCGCCACGCCCCAGCCUGCCCAUAGUUUACGCGUCCGUGUCCCCGUGUAAGGACGUUACGAGGUGCUGUUCGUUUCCCGUUGAAUUUUUUCGUCCGCUGUUGUGUUAAAAUUGUUGUUACUCAGAUACAUUAUUCUAUUGUUGAUUCUUGGCAGGCAGAGAGGCGCUGCCAUUGUGAUAUAGAAACCUCUUAUUUAUUUUCGUGAGAUAUUUUUGUACAUAUAAAUUAUAUAUUGAGAGAGAUGUAUGACGCCCGGAAAACUGUCCUUCGUUGAUUUUUUAUAUGACUAUUAAAUGAGAUCAAAUGCUUCACCCUUUCAUUGCCGCCACCAAUAGGAUGGGGGAGGGAGGAGAGGGCAGGGAGAGCAUUGACCAUAUACUCAAACACUUCGGGGCUCACACACACACACACACACACACACACACACACACACACACACACACACACACACACACACACAUUUGAUCAGACUCUUGUAGAGGCUGUGUUACUAUUUCCAAGGGUAGUUUGAUGAGUCGAAUUACGGCUUGAGAACUUCUGCACCAGAACCUAAAGAACAGCCAUGAGAACCCGACUAUCUCCCUCGUGGCCUUUGGAAAUGCGUUGCCGUGAGAGCCGAAAGCGUCUGAGAACACGGGCCUGGGAGUGAGGGAGAGGCUAUAAGGGGCUUGGAAGGGGAGCAGGGAUGAACAGACGCACGAAUAAUCAAUCAGUCAAUCAAUGGAGGCAUACGCCGGGGGGCAUGUCACCUCGCCCACCCUACGACGCCAAGUCCGAGGGUCCCUCCGGGCGAGUCUCCAUGUAGGCCCCCUUUCCAUCCUGAGCACCUCUCAGCAUGAUCUAUCGACUUGCUCAAGCCAUGAGCUCCGUGGGCGUCCCCUUGGCCUCCUCCACUCUUACAGAGACAACCCGAUGAACAGGAUCUGUUUCUGGGUAACGUGCCACGCGCCGGUAUAGAAGGAGUUGCCGUUGACGGACUAUGCAGGUAAUAUAUGUCGAAUAAGUCUCACGGAGUAGUCGCCGGUUUGACACAAAGUCAUUCCAGCGAUAUCCCAUGAUUCUGCGGAGAAACUUAUUACCAAGGGCAUCAAUUCGCCUCUCCGUCAGAGACAGAAAUUUCAUUAAGAAAAAACACGCCCACUUAUAAAACA